AUAGCACCGCACCGAAAGCGUACGAGAGAAGCUUUUGUAGUUAAGAGUUGAAUUUGUUCUUCCAACUACCUAGCGCCAAAACUACCACCAUUUUCAAAAUGUCAGAUUCAGAGUCAAAUUCAGAUGUUUUCAGUGUUCGAAUUGUCUCCGUAGACCAUUACAUGGCAUCGCCAAUCCCAUCCAUCGAUAUCUCUCACAGCACCUUCCAUCGUGGAAAAGUGAACGAAGUUCCUGUAAUUAGAGUUUAUGGUUCUACUCCUGCUGGCCAGAAAACUUGCCUGCACAUUCAUGGAGCUUUGCCUUAUUUAUAUGUGUCGUGUUCAGAUAUACCACUCCAACUAGACCAAGAAGGUGAUGCAUACACCUACAUGGUAGCUUCUUCUCUCGAGAAAGCCUUGAAGCUUAAAGGCAGUGCUGAUUCAUCGAGACAACAUGUACAUGGCUGCAGCCUUGUCCGAGCAAAGAAAUUUUAUGGCUAUUGCUCAUUUGAAGAGUUUUUUGUAAAGAUUUACCUAUAUUAUCCUCAAGAUGUCUCUCGUGCAGCAAAUCUUCUCUUGGCUGGUGCUGUUCUUAAUAAAAGUUUACAGCCUCACGAAUCACAUAUUCCCUUUAUUCUUCAGUUUCUGGUUGAUUACAACUUGUAUGGCAUGGGUCAUUUACAUCUAUCAAAGAUGAGGUUUCGCCAUCCCAUGCCGGAUUCUAUUCACAAGAAGUCAGACAUCAAUAGCCAGCACAGAAAGGCAGAUCCAGGUGCUGAGGCAUGUUUAGAGUCAAAAAUAUGGAUGUCUUCCACGAUCUCAUUCGACUGGAUGUGGUCACUCCCUAGUGAAUCUGGUGGUUCAUCAAAUGACAACACUCACAGUCCUAAGCGUCAAAGCAUCUGUGAGCUUGAAGGAGAUAUUUCUGUAGAUGAGAUUCUUAAUCAGCAGUUUAAAAUGUUUUCAUCUCUCUCACAAACAAGCUCAAAUGUCAACAUGGUUCAGUCACUUGUAUCAAUAUGGGAGGAACAGCGAAAACGGUCGGGGAUUCACGAGGCUACGAUGCUUUCUGAUUCUGGUAAACCACUACCAGAAGAUGUCAUGAAACUUCUCUCUUCUGGUCUUGACUUUGAGAAAAAACUUAUUCAAUUGUGCAGUGAAUCCGACACCACUUUAUCUUGCACUCCUUUUGAGAAGGAACUCAGAGAAACAGACAUAAUAGGCUCAGCAUCGCCACCAGCUUCAUUGUGUGAAAAUGCCAAAUUGCUUGAGGAAGGGACCGACACAAGUCUCAAGUUGUUGAAAAUUGGUCAAAUGCAAUCAGCUGAAAAGAUUGAAAUGUUGGACAUAAAGGAUGCUGAUAUGGAAGCACAAAAUCUUCUUAAGUGGCUUGCAACUUCUCAAGCUGCAGAGGAUAUAAACUCUGAUGAUGAACUUGCUUGUGAAACAAUCUUGAGUCCCUUGCCACCUGCUGCAACAAUUGAUAAGAUGCUGGAGAAAGCAAAUAUGGCUUAUGAGAGUGAGUCCCAGCAGGAGUGUCAAGAUAUUCUAGAUUCAAUUGAUGAUAUGCUUGCGUUAGACCUGCCAAAAAAAAAGCCUUCUCGUUCCUUUGAUCACAAUUGUCCUAUUGAAGCUUCAUCCGACAAUAUGAUACCUCAAGUUGAUGGUUCUAACGAUGAUGAAUUCUCAAGUCCAUGUGCUAGUUUGGCUGAAAUCUCUUCUGCAGUUGAGAUAAACAGUGAAUACAAAAGAGCUUCUGAGAACCACUUACUGCACAAUACUGACACAAGUACAGUCAAUACAGAUAAAAGAAAUAGACAAUGGGGGUCUUUGCCUUUUUCCAUGACCGGGAAGGUUAAUAAUGAUGGAGAGCAUGCUACCUCACAAGUGGCUCAUCUGUUUGAACGAGAAACCGAGGAUUCUUCUCUGUCAGAUUACUUAACCAGGAAUGAGAUUAAAAAUAAUAAAUAUAUUAAAAGAAAUGUUGGAGAAGGUGCCUCAGAUUCAAAAGAAGUGCAUAGUUUGGUUAACUGCUCGUUAAGGGACUUGAUGAGGAGAAAGCGAUCCUAUCGAGUUGAACAUGAUGAACGAGAAUCUGGAACUGCAAAGAAGCUUAAUUUGGACAGGCAUGGGGGGACAAAAACGUGCCUUUGGCCAAAACUUGAAUUGGAAACAAUGCAAACCGAUGAAGUAGAAAAAGAACUCCAAAAAAAUUCUGAUCAUGAAGUGAGAAGUCGUGAUAAUUUAGUGUGUCGGAAACAGUCAUUUCCAUCUGACAGUGACAGUUUUUUGAAUAUAUCUAAAGAUGAAUGUUUAGUUCAACAUGAAAGGCAUUAUCUAGAAGCAGGUAUGGUGUUGAAGAACUCUGCAAAUCAAAGUUCUUCUUCAAUGCAUGAAAGGCCGGUCCUGCUUGAAACUUCACAUUUGGCUGAUUCCAUAGACAAAUCUGUGGCUUGCAGGGAGAAAAACACCAAGGAUAGAACAACUUAUGAAAAACAUGCAGCUUCUGAUGCCUAUACCCCAAAUCCUUCUUUAGACACUCAUUUGAGAACUGACGAUGAUCAUAAAGUCAGAGCUCCUGAGAGGUGUCAGGAAACUGAUUCUGUUGCUUCAGGUAGUAGACAAAACUCAUUAGUCGAUGACGAAGUGUCGGGCAAAAGUAAGUGCAUUGAUAAAACUUCUAGUGGUAGCAUAUUUUUUGUGCAGCAUGAUCAGAUGAAGUCUUACGAGCAUGCUGUGGGAAAAAGUGCUGCAAGUGAUACAAGAGUAUUGCUCACUGAUAAGGUUGAUAAUCAAAAGCUGGAUAAAAAUUUGCUGUGUAAGACUGUUGGCUCAGAACCCAUUGUUGAUGACCUGAAGAGUAAUCACAUGAAAUUAACUAAAGUGGUCAUAGGCAAUAGCUCUUUGGUUGACAAGAAUCUUAAAAGUCAUUUGUCCUUGCCAACCUUCCCGAAUAAUUUACAUUUGGAUGAGGAUGAUGAAAUGCCAGGCAACGCUCUGGAUGUAUUUCUUCCUAUUUCUGCAAGGAAUUCCCAGAAACAGAAAAAACCUUGGAACAAGUGUGUUACUAUUGAAACCCCCAGAUCCUCUGGGACAAAAGGCGUUUCCACUUACUAUCAAAAUGAUGGCUCUCACCUAUACCUAUUAACACCUAAUAUUUUGCCUCCUUCUGCCGGUUCUGUGCAAAGAUGGCUAUUUUGUGAUGAGAGAGAACCUGAUGCGGAGGACCAGGAUGUACCUAAAUGCACGUCUGGGCCUCUUAGGCAUACUCCUGAUCAAAUGCGUCAAGAACCUGGUGCAAAGGACAAGGACAUAUCUAAAUGCGCCUCUGGACCUACUCUUAGGCCUGAGCUGCAUCAAGAUACAGAGAAGAAGCUUCCAUGCAUUAACGAAGGACAAACAGAAAGAAUAAAAGCACAUAUGGAUCACUCUCAAGAUAUUUCUCAGAUAUCAGGCCCUGGUGAGAAAUCAAGUUUUACCCCUCUAAGUCAAAUUGGAUUUCAGGAUCCGGCAAGUGCUGGCCAUGGACAACAAUUGGCAUUACUUAGUAUAGAGGUGCUUGCAGAAUCUAGAGGAGACCUUUUACCUGAUCCUCAAUUUGAUGCCGUAAAUAUUGUAGCUCUUGGUUUUCAGAAAGAUUGUGAUGCUACUGUUGAAGUUCUAGUUCUUUUGCAUAGUAAAUUUGUACCUUGUCAGAGAAGUCUUGAUGGUCUAUCAGACUGCAAAGUACUGAACUUCACUGAUGAAAAGCACUUGCUUAAAGAAUUUACAAAGAUUGUGUCUUCAUCUGACCCAGAUAUAUUGAUGGGUUGGGAAAUUCAAGGGAGUUCUCUUGGUUUUCUAGCAGAAAGGGCUUCACAUCUUGGUUUUGGAUUACUUAAUGAUUUGUCUCGCACUCCAUCUAAUUCUUGGAUUAAUUCUCAAGACAUCAAAACAUCUGAGAAAAGUAUCUUGGAACCGGACAUCCCAGAUACUACCAGUCUAGAUUGUUGUGCACGAGAAAGUUCAAUAAUUGAGGAUGAGUGGGGACGGACACAUGCUAGUGGAGUUCAUGUAGGUGGAAGAAUUGUCCUUAACUUAUGGAGAUUGAUUCGUGGAGAAGUUAAGCUGAAUUUGUAUUCAGUUGAAGCUGUUGCUGAAGCUGUAUUGAGGCGGAAAGUUCCUUCACUUAACCACAAUGUGCUGACAAAGUGGUUUUCAAGGGGUCCAGGGCAAGCAAGAUAUCAGUGUAUCAAAUAUAUUGUGGAUAGAGCAAAGCUGAACCUGGAGAUAUUAAACCAACUUGAUAUGGUGAAUCGAACAUCAGAACUUGCUCGCGUCUUUGGAAUAGACUUCUUUUCUGUUCUUUCUCGAGGCUCACAAUACCGUGUUGAAUCCAUGUUUUUGAGGUUGGCCCACACACAAAACUACGUUGCUAUCUCGCCUGGAAAUCAACAGGUUGCUUCUCAACCUGCCAUGGAAUGCCUUCCCCUAGUAAUGGAACCAGAGUCAGGAUUUUAUUCAGAUCCUGUUGUUGUACUUGACUUCCAAUCUUUAUAUCCGUCAAUGAUAAUUGCAUACAACCUUUGCUUUUGCACAUGUCUUGGCAAAGUUGUGCCAUCAAAGACUAAUACACUUGGGGUUAGUCCAUUUGUACCGGAGCAACAUAUUCUUCAGGAUUUAAAAGAUCAAAUCUUGCUCACUCCAAAUGGUGUUAUGUUUGUACCUUCCAAGAUUCGAAGAGGUGUACUUCCCCGUCUAUUGGAAGAAAUUUUAUCAACUAGAAUAAUGGUAAAACAAGCAAUGAAAAAGUUGUCUCCUUCAGAGCAAGUCCUUCAGCGGAUAUUUAAUGCAAGACAGCUUGCUUUGAAGCUCAUAUCAAAUGUAACAUACGGUUAUACUGCUGCUGGAUUUAGUGGUCGCAUGCCCUGUGCAGAACUUGCAGACAGCAUUGUUCAAUGUGGACGCUGUACACUGGAAAAGGCUAUAUCUUUUGUAAAUCUACAUGAAAAGUGGAAUGCUAAAGUUAUUUAUGGAGAUACUGAUAGUAUGUUUGUCCUUCUUAAAGGACGCACUGCCAAAGAGGCCUUCCAAAUUGGUAGUGAGAUUGCUUCUGCUAUCACUGCUAUGAAUCCUAGUCCUGUCACCUUGAAGAUGGAGAAAGUUUAUCACCCAUGUUUCCUCAUUACUAAAAAGCGAUAUGUUGGCUACAGUUAUGAGAACCCCAAUCAAAUUGAACCUGUUUUUGAUGCCAAAGGUAUUGAAACAGUACGCAGGGACACAUGUGAAGCAGUUGCAAAGAUAAUGGAGCAGUCUUUGAGACUUUUUUUUGAGCACCAGAGUUUAUUGGAGGUGAAGACUUAUUUGCAGCGUCAAUGGAAGAGGAUUCUUUCAGGCAGAGUUUCCCUCAAGGAUUUUAUCUUUGCAAAGGAGGUUCGCUUGGGUACCUACAGUGCAAGGAUCUCGUCACUUCCUCCUGCUGCAAUUGUGGCAACGAAGGCUAUGAGGGUUGAUCGUAGGGCUGAACCACGUUAUGCAGAGAGAAUACCUUAUGUUGUAAUCCAUGGAGAGCCUGGAGCCCGCCUAGUUGAUAUGGUUGUGGAUCCAUUGGAAGUUUUGGCAAUUGAUUCACCAUUCAGAAUAAAUGAUUUAUAUUACAUUAAUAAACAAAUAAUACCGGCUUUACAGCGAGUAUUUGGGCUUGUUGGUGCUGACCUGAACCAGUGGUUUGCAGAGAUGCCUCGUCCUGUAAGAGAAGCUUCUGUAAAGCAUGCAUUCACUCCAAACUUCCAACGGACCAGAAUUGAUUAUUACUAUCUCUCAAAACAUUGUGUACUCUGUGGUGGGUUGGUCCAGGCAUCAGCCCGUUUAUGCAGUCAAUGUUCUGAAAAUGAGGUGGCUGCUGCAACAGCAGUGAUUGGUAAAACUGCAAAGUUGGAGCAAGAGAUGCAACACCUUGUAUCUAUAUGUCAACAUUGUGGAGGCGGCGAUAGGCUUCUCGAAAGUGGUGUGAAGUGCACUUCGAUUUCGUGCCUGGUGUUUUAUGAGAGGCGAAAAGUUCAGAAAGAGCUACUAGCAGCCACCCAUGUUGCUGCAGAUAAAGGCUUCUAUCCAAGAUGCACGGUAGAAUGGUUUUGAAAGCAUUUUCUUGUUUGCUUAGUAAAAUAUUUUAGUAAGUUAGAUGUACAGAUAGCUGCGAAUGGUCUUUUCACCCCUUAUUUUUCUGUUUGGAGGAUAGACAAAAAUUCCCUUCUCUUUUCUUUUCCCCCUCUCUAACCUCAGUUUUUCAUAUUGUAAACUUAAAGUUUACUGUAUACAAAUUUUAAAAUUAAAAUGUGUAUGUCUCAAAUCUGAAGUUUAUGCUAUACAUUUGUAUGUUGUUAACUUCAUAUUUAUGAUACACAUUUUUAAUAAAGGGUGACACUCCUAAUUGCUGGGAGACAUUUAACAAUUCCCAGUAUUUGUAGUUUGUACACAGUGGUACUGUAAAAUUCAUAGCUUCUGGGAUUGGGCUGGUGGAAUUAGGUAUGGAUGUAUGAGGUUCCAUGUCCAAACUCAUUGUCACCAUUACAAAAUCUUGUAUAGCUGUAAUCCAAAAUUAAUUGUUUUAGAUGUAAUGUGAUUCUGAGUUUUUGUAACACUAUUGCAAUUGCAGUUGUGAUAUUA